CUAAACUGAGCACACUUCAUUGCUUGCUUGGGUGGGCUGAAGAUGAAGCUGGUUUUUAUUUUUGUGUGUGCGGCUUUUUGUGCCUCAUCAGGGGCAACACCGCUGGGCGAAAGUACUUAUCAUAGUAACUAUAAAGUUGCUGACAAAGAGUUAUUGGAUAAACAAAAGAAAGUCCUCUCCUUAUUUAAGCAUAUUAACCAGCAUACGCAUGAUGAAGAGCACGAAGAAGUUUUAAAUUCUUUCAAGCUAACUGAAAGCAGAGACCUUUUCACUGAUACUGAAGCAGUCGAUAAAAUCAUUGAGUUCUACACGAAUGGAUAUCAAAUGCCCAAAGGAGAAAUAUUCUGCCUUCACUAUCCAGAGCAUCGCGAACAAGCCAUAGCUCUUUUCGAUCUUUUCUACUAUGCGAAGGAUUUUGAUACUUUCUAUAAAACUGCUAUUCUUUCCCGAAAAUGGGUGAACGAAGGUCUGUUUCUCUAUUCGUAUUCUGUAGCCAUUAUUCACCGCCCGGAUACUUAUGGAAUUACUCUUCCGCCCAUCUAUGAAAUUUACCCGCAUUACUUCUUCAAUUUUGAUACUAUUCAGGAGGCUUAUAGAUACAAACAAACAUGGGAUGGAAAACCGAUCCAGUCAGUUUCUGGAAAAUAUCCCGGAUACACAAUUCAAGCCAACUACUCAGGUUCUUAUCUGAAUCUGCAUCCUGAACAAUCCCUCGCCUACUACUUGGAAGAUAUCGGCAUUAAUUCCUUCUACUACACGUAUUAUCUCUACUACCCCUUCUGGAUGUCCGGCACCAAAUACGGCAUUUCUCAUGAUCGGCGAGGAGAUUUAUACUUUUUUAUCCACCAACAACUUUUCUCCAGAUACUAUUUGGAACGUCUUUCAAACGGGUUCGGACAAAUAUCCAUUUUAGACUUUGAUUCACCGGUGGAAACGCCUUAUUAUCCAUCUUUGCAAUAUCAGAAUGGACUAUCCUUCCCUGAAAGGCCCAGAUUUGCGAAACUGGCUGAUUACUUCUACAGUUAUGGACAGAGCGAUAAAUCUUUGUUUGGCCACAGUUAUAGUUACUACAAAGACUACUCUAGGAGAAUAAGGAAUGCCAUCGACAGGGGCUAUGCACACAAUAAACUAGGCGAAAGAGUGGAACUCUACAAUAAUAAGUUCAGCUACGACCAAUUGAGCAAUCUGCUUCAAAGCAACCCUGAUUCUCCCGAUGGACAUUUCUAUGGCCCAUGGCUCGGUUUUGCGCGUCACCUUUUGGGAUACUCUUAUCUGCCCCUUUCCACUGACAAAGUCGCUCCAUCUGCCUUGGAGCAUUUAGAAACUAGCUUAAGAGACCCUGCGUUCUACCAGUUGUAUAAACACUUGAUGCUUUACUACGUUAGAUACCAAUCUCGUCUAACUCCUUAUACGAAAAAUGAGUUGAUAUUCCCGGGGGUGUCGAUCGAAAAAAUCGAAUUGGAUCGUUUGAUUACCUACUUCGACGAAUUCUACUCAGACCUGAGCCAAGCUGUUUACUACUCAGAGGAGGAAUUGAAAGAAAAGGAAAACCACUUCUUUGUGCGGGCUAAACAGUAUCGGUUGAACCACAAGCCCUUCACCUACAAGAUUCACGUGAAGUCCGACAAAGACACUAAAGCUUCGGUGAAAAUUUUCAUUGGGCCAAAAUACGAUGAGUUUGGAAGAUAUAUUAAUAUCAGCGAUAACCGAUACAACUUCUUUGAAUUGGAUAAGUUCGUCUACGAUCUGAAGGCAGGAGAUAACAUCAUCAAAAGGAGCUCGUUCGAGUCUAAAAUCUUUGCGCCUGAUAAAACUAGCUACUAUGACUUGUACAAGAAAGUCUUGGGUGCUUUAAAUGACAAAGAAGAAUUCACCGUUUCUGGCCGGGAAAAUCAUUUCUACUUCCCACAAAGAUAUAUGCUUCCUAAGGGAAGCUCUGGAGGUCACCCAUUCCAGUUCUACUUCAUAGUCUAUCCGUACAAACCAUACGCAGGCAACAAACCUAGCGAAUGGACUUAUUAUUACGUUCGCCCAGGCGUAGGCGGUCCCUACGUUGACGAUACUCCCAUUUACUAUCCAUUCGAUCGUCCCAUCAAGUAUGGAAGAAUGUUCUACGAUGAAAUCCCCAACGCCAUCUUCUACGAAACGAAGAUAUAUCACAAAACUGACCCCAACUCUGUAACUUCAGAAGAUUGUUAUCUUGGUGCGAUACAACCUGGACGAAGUGAGUAUAAAAAGACUAAACCGACAAACAUAAGGACAGACCAAGGGAGCAUUUCCAAAAUGAAGCUCACGUUGACUUUGUUGGUGUUGGGUCUUGGUGCGGUUGCGUUCAGCGGCAGCAUUCCUCCACAGCAAGAAAAACGUUACAAAACUGUUGAUCAAGAUUUCUUGGACAAGCAGUUGAAAGUAUUGAACUUAUUUAAGCACAUUCACCAACAUAGUGUAACCGAAGAACAUGUGAAAAUAUCCGGAAGUGUCACUGAUCCAAUUCAGUGGCUUCAAAUCCACAAAGCAUCAUUUGAGAAGCCUGAGGUGGUUGAUUUGGUUAUUAAGUACCUGCACUACGACUACAUACUUCCCAAAGGUGUGCCUUUCUCGAUCUUCACUGAGGAACAUUUAGAUCAGGCCGUGGCUUUGUUCAAACUGUUCUACUAUGCGAAAGAUUUUGAAACCUUCUAUGAAACAGCUGUGGUGAUGAGGAAAUUCGUUAAUGAAGGAUUAUUCCUUUACACUACAUCGGUUGCUGUUGUCCAUCGACAGGACACCUACGGAAUUAUUCUUCCUCCAAUUUACGAAAUAUAUCCCUGGUUCUUCUUCAAUACCGAGGUUAUACAACAGGCCUACAAGUAUAAGAUGGUACAUCAGCAAGACUCUAAGAAAAUGGAAGAGCCUGAACACAAUCAUAUCUUCGCAAAUUAUUCUGGACAUUACCUGAACUUGCAUUGGGAACAGUCCUUGUCCUAUUUCUUGGAGGAUAUUGGUGCCAAUGAAUACUUAUAUACUUAUGGACUGUUCUAUCCAUUCUGGAUGGAUGGCGAAGAAUUCCAUCUGAAGAACGAUUACAGAGGGGAAUUCUUUUUGGUUCACAUUCAAAGCUUGGUGGCUCGCUACUAUUUGGAACGCCUUUCUCAUGGAGAAGGCCAGAUUUCCACCUUCGACUGGGAUGUGCCAUUUGAGACUCCAUACUAUCCAUCGCUUCAAUAUCCCAAUGGACUUCCUUUCCCUGAAAGGCCCAAAUUCGCUAAACUAAGCGAGUAUUUCUACAACUACGGCGAACACAUUAACUCAAAGUAUGCUCACAGUUACACCAAUGUGAAAAACUUUGAGAGGCGCAUUGCUGAUGCAAUUGAUAGCGGUUUUGUCUAUGACACCAAAAUGAAUAAACACGUGCCUCUGUACCAUGCCGAGUCCAAUAACGAAGACAUCAACAAAUUUGGAAACCUGCUGCAAGGCAACCCGGACUCUCCAGCCCCCCAUUUCUAUAAAAACUACACGGUUUAUGCCAGCCACGUUUUGGGAUACUCCUUUAAUCCAAUCACCUGGAAACAUGUUGCUCCUUCUGUCUUAGAACAUGAUGCGACUGCCUCUAGAGAUCCUGCCUAUUACCAACUACUGAAGAGAAUUCUAGGAUUUUACCAUACAUUCCAAGAGAACAACGUCGCCCCCUACCACAAAAACGAACUGCUAUUCCCAGGAGUUACCAUUGAAAAAAUUGAAAUGGACCGACUUAUCACCUACUUUGAUCAAUACUAUUCUGACAUCAGCAAUGGAGUUUUUGAUACGGAAGAAGAACUGAAAGCUGAUACAUUCAAAGUUUGGGCUGUUCAAAAACGACUGAAUCAUAAACCCUUCACCUACAAGAUUCACGUGAACUCCAACCAGGAUACCAAGGCUAUGGUAAAAGUGUUUAUUGGUCCCAAAUACGACGAACACGGCAGAUAUUUGAAUAUCAGCGAAAACAGAUGGAAUUUCGUCCCAGUUGAUGCCUUCCAAUGGCACCUAAAGACCGGGGAGAAUAUCAUCAAGCGCAGCUCUAUUGAAACUGAAUAUUAUGGACCAGACAAAACUACAUACGAAGAACUCUACAAAGACGUGUUCAAAGCGCAUAAUGGACAAGGAGCUUUCCACGUUGAUGGCAAGGAAAGCUAUUUCCUGUAUCCACAAAGGUUGAUGCUUCCUAUUGGAAAUUACAACGGAUUGCCCUACCAAUUCUACUUCAUCGUUUACCCGUACAAGGAGUAUACCGGACAGAAGGAGGAAAUGAACUACUUCUACCCCCGUCCUGGUACUGGUGGUGGAUAUGUAGAUGACUACCCUGUCUACUAUCCAUUCAAUAAGCCAAUCAAGUUUGGAAAGAUGUUUGUGACUGAAAUACCGAACUCUUUCUUUUACGAGGCGAAAAUCUACCAUAGAACAGCCGAGGAGGCUCAAGUGCCGGUUACGCAACAUCAUCACUAGUAACUAAAUGUGAAAGUUAAAAGAUUAAUACAUUUUUUUUGGAAGAAUAAA